AUGAGACUAAUUGCUUCCAAGCUAAUAUUUCAAUGUAUCAUUACUACCACGUUUUCACUUAAUAUUCUUCUCACAUCAAUUGAUGACUGGACUUCAAAAGAUGUACGAUUUCUACAAUCACAUCUACAACAACAUGGUCAUAAUGUUGUCUUGAUUGCUCCUUUAUACCAACAGAACAUGAAUUUGCCGCUUCCUAGUAAAUUUACACCUGGUAUAAAAGAUAUUAAAGAUGGUGGUGAAUAUGGACAUUUGUUGCCAGUACACCAAAAGUACUAUACAAAAUUGAGCAAUGACAAUCAAAAACGAGCAAAGCAAGUAGUGUUUGAGGAUGACGUCUUGAAAGAAGAAGUAGCCAAAGAGGAAGCAGAUCUCGUGCUCAACAAUCAAUACGGACAGGAUCCAAGUAAUCACAAUGCAUGGUAUAUUAACUGUGAUGCAGUGAAUGCCUUGAAUAUUGCCAUGAAUUUACUCAUUCCAAAGCACUACCCAGAAUUUGAUAUAGAUUUGGUCAUUAUUGGACCCAAUGAAGGACUUCACCAUCAACAAGUCAUCACAUCUAUGAUAAAUCAAGUGAAUGCCGAGAAAGUUGAUGCCAUUGCUGUCUCGACUCAAGACUACCAUCAAGUUUACUAUCAAGACGAAAAGUAUUUCAGAACAGCUUUUGGCGAUGUUGAUUUCCAAUUGUCGAAUCUGAAUGUAUAUACUAAAAAUGUCAAGAUGAUUGACAGGCACGUGGUUUCAUUAGUGAAUAAAUUUACUCAGCUUGGUUCUAGUAACAAUGCUAAACUUGAUGGAUCUGUUUCCACAAUUGGAUUACAUUUCCAGUUCCCCAGUAUGAAUUUCCGUCAUGCAUUUUGUCAAACUAGUCCCACUACAGACUUGGAUUACCAGGUGAUGAUUCUGGAUAAGAAAUCUCCAAAAAUACACGAGUCUGAAGUUGAUAUUCCUGUAAUUGAUUUCGAAAUGGAACUCAACGGGCAAAUUGUUGAAGUCAUUGAAGAUGUGGAAAGUUCAAGGGAUCACGCAAGCUUUAAAUUUAAGAACGAUGAUGUAGACAAGGUUCUCAGCAGAAAUAAGAAACAACGUGACGCAACAGGAAAUCAUCAUAUUGUUCUUGAUGAAACGCUGAAAAGCAUUGAUUAUGUAUUGCUGAAUUGUAAUGUUGCUGUUACCACAAUUGGUUUCAUUGAUUCCAAUAAGUUGAAGAAACUACUUUUGAAUUGA